CAACAGGUAGGGGACAUUUCUUCCGUAGUUUAACAUGGGUCGGGUACUUGCUCUACCAAUGUAAGCUAUUAUAAUAGGAUUUCGUGAAAGCAGCGGUUAGCGAGAUAUAUCGGACAAGGCACCGGCUUUAGUACGUUUUUUGUUGUUUGUUUUUUUCGCUCACCGCAUGCAGGCUGUUUUGUCCCACUUCAUUCAUCCACCAAGUGCGUUUUGGACGGCGACUACAGCGUGUGUCCUUCCUAUUGAUGAGAAAACACACCAGGCUGCAAACAGCAUGUCAUCUCCAGACAAGACAACCCAAAGGAAUGAGGUCCUCAAUAACAUACGGAGGUCCUCGAUGGUGGCGGGACAUGGGAGAAAACAGUCCGAGUUUGAGAUGUCACAAGCCGCGUCAGCCUCACAACCUGGGGCGCUUAUUUCUAACAACAGGUUACCGUGUGACGCCGGCGGCAUCACCAUUCACACAACUGUCACUCGACCGUCGGUGUCUCACCUACCCGGGCUCAAUCUGAACCCCCGGAUGUCCGUAUACAGCGCAACUCGCCCAGUUAUCAUCAGCCGUGCUUACGUUCAAGGACGCGCUUAUAACUUUCUGGAAAGACCAUCUGGGUGGAAAUGCUUCGUGUAUCACUUCUCGGUGUUCCUCAUCGUGCUCAUCUGUCUUAUCCUCAGUGUGCUCUCUACUAUAGGGCAGUACCAGGCCCUGGCACAUGGCACUCUCUUCUGGGUGGAGAUAGUGCUGGUGGUGUUAUUUGGUGUGGAGUAUGGUGUGCGGCUGUGGUCAGCAGGGUGCCGUAGUAAAUAUGUUGGCGUCUGGGGUCGGCUGCGCUUUGCCAGGAAGCCUAUCUCCAUCAUCGAUUUGAUUGUAGUGGUGGCCUCCAUCAUCGUGCUGGUAGUAGGCUCCAAUGGACAGAUGUUUGCCACGUCUGCUGUCAGAGGGAUUCGCUUCCUGCAGAUCCUGCGUAUGCUCCAUGUGGACCGGCAGGGAGGGACGUGGCGUCUGCUGGGCUCUGUGGUCUUCAUCCACAGGCAGGAGCUCAUCACCACGCUGUACAUUGGUUUCCUGGGGCUCAUCUUCUCCUCCUAUUUUGUGUACCUGGCAGAGAAGGAUGCUGUGGACAGCAAUGGAGCCACUGAGUUCGGGAGCUACGCUGACGCGUUGUGGUGGGGGGUGGUGACCGUCACCACUAUAGGCUAUGGAGACAAGGUGCCUCAGACAUGGAUCGGCAAGACCAUUGCAUCAUGUUUCUCAGUCUUUGCCAUUUCCUUCUUCGCCCUACCAGCUGGGAUCCUGGGUUCAGGCUUUGCCCUGAAGGUCCAACAGAAACAGAGGCAGAAGCACUUCAACAGACAGAUCCCUGCAGCUGCCAUUCUCAUCCAGACUUCGUGGAGGGUCUUUGCCGUGGAGAACCCUGACUCAGCCACCUUCAAGAUGUUUGUGAGGAGGAGACCUGCUCUGCCCAGCUCCUCUGAAUCCAGUCCCAAGCCCAAGAAAACGGUGAAGCUGAGGAGGAAGUUGAAGAGCACUGAGAAGGACAACGGGCCUGGUUCUCCCACUGUUCCCAGUAUCACCUACGACUCUGUGUUCAAUAGUGAGAGGGAGCUCAGCUCUGACGUCUACAGCACUGUGUGCACAGCCAAAGCCCGAGGAUGUGAUACCCAGCAGUCCUGGACCUCGCUUUCCUCCCUUACAUUCAGCUCACCACUCCCAGUGAAAAAGAGCCCUGGUUUGUUGGAGGUGCAGCCCCUUCGUCCCCUCCAGAGGAACAGCAGCUUGGACCUGGACCAGGAGGAUCAGUGUGUUCUGACACCGGUCACCCACGUGUCACAGCUACAGGAGACCCACAGAGCAGCUAUCCAGGUGAUCCUACGGAUGCGUUACUUUGUCGCCAAGAAGAGAUUCCAGCAAGCGCGUAAGCCCUAUGAUGUGCGAGAUGUGAUCGAGCAGUAUUCCCAAGGACACCUGAAUCUCAUGGUGCGCAUCAAGGAUCUACAGAGGAGACUGGAUCAGUCUCUAGGGAAGCCGACCCUGUUCCAGACUAGCUCAGACAAAGCCAAAGACAAAGGCACCAACACCAUCGGCUCCAGACUCAACAGGAUGGAGGACAAGAUACAACACAUGGACCAGAUGCUCAACCAAAUCGCAGAGUCCCUUGCCCAGCUGUUGUCUGGGACGAGCCAGGGGCAGGGGCAGGGGGACAUGGGGGGAGCACAAGGGCAAGGUAGGAGGAGGAGGUCACAGGGUGGGGCAGGUGUCCCCAGCCAGGAUAGCCUACCCAGCUACGAGCAGCUCUCCACCGCGACCCUCCAUCCGUCCCUCAACCCCAGCCUCAGCCAGGACAAGAGCUCCUGAAUCGACACUCCAUCCGUCCCUCAACCCCAGCCUCAGCCAGGACAAGACCUCCUGAAGCGAGCCUCCAUCCGUCCCUCAACCCCAGCCUCAGCCAGGACAAGAGCUCCUGAAUCGACCCUCCAUCCGUCCCUCAACCCCAGCCUCAUUCAGGACAAGAGCUCCUUAAGCGACCCUCCAUCCGUCCCUCAACCCCAGCCUCAGUCAGGGCAAGAGUUCUGACUGAGGAAAACGCCAACACCUCUUUCCUGCUUUCUCUCUUUCUCUUAUUCUGAGAUCAGUGUUCUUCAUAAUAAUGAACCCAGCUGUGUAGUGCUAGGGCAAAAAAAACUGGGCUGGGCCCAGGACCGAGUUUGGGAAACCCUGCCCUAGACAAUAACAUUUAGCAACUCUUGGAGGACAAUGGAAUUAAAUAACACAUCUUCUUUAUUGUUAAAAGUAGAACCAACACGUUUCAGCUUUUGGCCUUCUACUUUAAACAAUAAAAAAGAUUAUUUAAUUUAAUUCCAUUGUCCUCCAAGAGUUGCUGAAUCUCCUCUCCACUUCAGUUUGCUCCUCAGUUCUUUCACCUUGGUUGGAAAGCGAGGUAGCGGUAGUGAUCCCUUCCCUAGAAAAGAACAGUGCCUUAGCCUACAGGACAAGCCAGCUAGACACUCAGACAGGCCAUGCACUAAUUAACUAUUUUUCUAUAUCCUGGAUAGGAUUAUGUUUCUGAAUUCUAAUUUAGUGCAAUUGGCAAUGUUCCAGUGACCUUUUCUUGGAAAUGUGAGCAAGUGCCAUAUUCAAACUCUUUCGCCUCAAUCAAAAGGAAAUAUAAGAUUCAAGUGUAUAUAUAAGAUUAUUCCAGCUGUGUAAGAGUAUUGGAAUGUUACAAUAUCAAAAAGUAACGGUAGUAUUCUGUUUGAUUUAAGUGAUAUGUUUAUUAGAAUUGAAAGCACACACUUCAGUAGAAAGUGUUUUGAUGGUGAAUAUGGAUGUGGAUGUGGAAUGAUGUCCAUACUAAAAGCAAUCACUUAUAAUAACACAAUGUGUUUUCAAAAGUUCUCAGUGUAUGUACCUUCAAAAUAUCACUUAUAGUAACACAAUAUGUUUUCAAAAGUUCUCCAUGUAUGUACCGUCAAAACGUAAACUAAAGUGUUGGAGCCGGGGUGAGGGCUUCUAUGUAAAGCUUCAAUGCAAUCAAACUGUGUAGCUAUCCUGUUUUAUAAAGACUUUUCAUUGACAAUAAA